AGGUCUGGGAUCGAGCCCCUCCGAGCUCGCCCCAUCGGCCGUGGCCUGCGGCUUCCCCCCCCCCCCCGGGCGCGAGCUGCCCGCUGGAGCGCUUCCAGCAGCGCGCCAUGUGGGCGGCCCCCGCGCUGUGCCGCGCCGCGCCCAGGCGGGCCGCCGCGGCGCCGUGCCGCGCGGCGCUGGGCUGGCGGGCUGGCGAUGGCCUGUUGCUGACCCUGGGUUCGGUCCGGACCAAGAAAUGGAAGCCGUUCCACAACAUGCACCGCGCCAACAAGUUGCGGGAGAUCCGGCAGAAGCAGCAGGCGGACGCGGCCCAGGCGGCGGCCGAGGCAGCGGCAGAGGCCGCUGCCGCCGGGGGCACGAGCGCGAGGACCGUCAGGCCGAACGAGCCCACGGUGGCCACGACUCCCUUCCAGGCGACCCGCCUGAUGAGGGCCUUCGACGUCUUCCCCGAGAAGGGCGCCUCCGUCAGCCUCUGGACACGCCUGAACGUGGACCUCACGCGCGAGAGCGUGCGCGGCACGUGCCACCUUCCGCACGGCCUCGACACCAAGAUCCGCAUCCUGGCCUUCUGCGCGGACGACGAGGUGCAGGAGAUGCUGGCGGCGGGCGCGGACAUGGCAGGCAUCACGGAGCCCCUGCGAAGGAUAAACCUUGGCAAUCUGGACUUCGACCGAUGCAUUGCAACGCCUUCUGUUAUGCCUCAGGUCAUGAAGGUUUCAAAGAUUCUCGGGCCGAGGAAGAUGAUGCCAAACCCUAAGAGUGGCACGGUGGUGACAAACCUGAAGCAGGCCAUCAAGGAGGCCAAAGGUGGAACGCUCUUGGAGUUCCGUGCAGAAGGCCAGGGUGAGCUGCAGGCAACGAUAGCUGAUGCUGGUUUUGCUGACGCGAAGAUCUUGGAGAACAUGAAGUUCUUCGUGCAGAGCCUGCUGCGAGCGCGCCCGAGGGGCUCGACCGGCGGGAAGGGCAAGGGUGAGCCACUGAUACCAGGAAAAUCCGGAGGCGACGAGAAGGACAUCUAUUUCUUGGAGGCGACGCUUCGACUUGGGUCUGCGGGCCCUCCAGUCAGGGUGGAUCCAGAGUCCAUGCUGCCGACCUCCGUGGGUUACUUUAGAUAGCAGCAGAUGCCAUUUUCGUCCACUUCGUUCUCCUCCAGCAUCCUCGGCAUCGCUCAGGAGCGUGCAGGCUAUACGGCUUGGGCGGAGUGGCGUGCCCGGCCCGGACGCCCCCUCUUCGCGGCCGCGUCCGUUCUGAGCCCUGUCCGAUCCGUCGGCCGCUGCCCUGUCGGGGAGUGCGCGGGCCGAACUCCUCGUCUCCGCCGAGAAGGGCGGGUGAGGAAGGAUGGGGUGGGUGCCAUCGCAAUCGCCCGCGUCGGCGGGCGCCCACGCCACCAGCCGCGCGAUUCGGCGCCCGCGGGCGGCCGGGCGGCGCCGGCGACCCGUGGCGCAGUGGAAAAAAUACGGCUGGCGUUGUCGCACCGCUGCCGGCCCCAGGGGCUAGCACGCAAGGAAUCCAGUUGGCGAGAUGUCGCGCGCGGGCAAUGUCUAGGUCCAUACCCAUAGCAUCUCGCAGUUUCGGAUCUCUUCCCUCGGGCACAAUUGCGCGG